AAUUUAUUUUACCGAAAGUAACGAGAUAUUUAUUUAAUUUAUGACCUCAGCUGUCAGGCUUUUCCAGUGCUUCGUUCUGAUUGGCUGUUCUCUGCUUUGGAACUCAAUGCAUAAUUGGCUUUUCACUCCUCAGUCCUGAGCUUUGAUCCCGUCAAUCCCCCAAUCCGCAUCAGCAGAGCACGCGAGCGCUGCGCCGCUCCGAUUCACGAACCAUUUACGGUGGAAACGCUGCGCACUCUCAGCGCACUCGGCUGUGGAACACGCUGACGGUAACAUCCGCCUCCAGGUGAGGUCAAACGCAGCGGAACAGGGAAGAGCAUUGUUGACAGGUGGACGGAGGAAAAAAAAAAUAUAUAUAUAUAUAUAUAAAUAUAUGUAUAUGUUAGACGUGCGACGGUGGGAGAGAUGGAUUUGAACAAAACGGUCUUAUGUGAGAGCCUGAUUAUUUGGUUGCAAACCUUUAACACUGCAGCACCAUGUACGACAGUGGAGGAUCUGACCACAGGUGCUGCCAUGGCACAAGCUCUGCAUCAGAUAGAUCCGUCCUGGUUCAAUGAUAGCUGGCUGACACGUAUUAAGGAAGAUGUUGGAGAUAACCUGAGACUCAAGUUGAACAACCUUAAAAAGAUCUUGCAGAUGAUUGUUGAUUACUAUAAUGAGGUCCUGAAUCAGCAGAUGUCAGGCUUCCCCCUGCCUGAUGUGGUGCGUGUGGCCGAACUCUCUGACCCCGUGGAGCUCGGACGCCUCUUGCAACUCAUCCUUGGAUGUGCGGUCAAAUGUGAGAGGAAACAAGAUUAUAUCCAGAUCAUAAUGACCCUGGAGGAAUCUGUGCAGCAUGUAGUCAUGACAGCCAUUCAGGAGCUAAUGAGCAAAGAGUCCAUGGCCCAGUUUGGGACAGAGCCACAGGGGGAUGUAGAACAGCAGCAGCUGAAGAAAGCUCUGCAGGACUUGACCGAGCUGAGGGCAGAGAAAGAUGAACUAGCUCAACGCUGCCAGGAGCUCGAUAUCCAAGUGGCAAUUCUGCAGGAAGAGCGGAAUAGCCUCCUAGCGGAGAACGAUGUCCUGACGGAUCGAGCCAGUCAGUUGGAUUCCCUUGAUGAUCCCAGCACUCCAUCAGGGAAGAAACACAGUCAGCUCCAGCUGCAACUAGAGCAAUUCCAAGAGGAGAACUUCAGACUGGAGGCGGCUAAAGAUGACUACCGUAUUCACUGUGAGGAGCUGGAGAAGCAGCUGGUGGAGCUUCAGCAUCGUAAUGAUGAACUCACCAGCCUGGCCGAGGAGUCUCGCUCACUGAAGGACGAGCUCGACAUACUGAGGAGCUGCUCUGACAGGGCAGUGAAGCUUGAAGCCUCUGUGGAGACAUACAGGAAGAAGCUGGAGGAUCUUGGUGACCUAAGAAGACAGAUGAAGGCUCUGGAAGAGAAGAACAUGACUUACAUGCACAACACUGUCAGUCUCGAGGAGGAGCUGCGCAAGGCCAAUGCUGCUCGCGCCCAGCUAGAAACGUACAAGAGACAGGUCCAGGAGCUUCACAGGAAGUUGUCUGAAGAGACUCGCAGAGCCGAUAAUCUGGCCUUCGAGAUGAAAAAGUUUGAAGAAACGCAUGAAGCCUUACUGAAGGAGAAAGAGAGGAUCAUCAUUGAGCGAGACUCUCUAAGAGAGACCAAUGAGGAACUUCGUUGUACACAAGCUCAACAAGACCAACUUCUGCAAGCAGAAAUGUAUAAGACCGGGAGUCCGAGCCGGGACAACUUGGCAGCUGAGAUGUUGCCCAUCGAGUACAGGGAGAAGUUCAUUCGUUUGCAGCAUGAGAAUAAGAUGCUGCGAGUGCAACAGGACGACUCGGAGAAUGAGCGUAUCACUGAGCUCCAGAUGCAGCUGGAGGAGGCACAGCGUUCACGCAGUGAGCUAGACACUGAGAACAGGUUGAACAGAGAGCGCAUCAGUGAGCUGCAGCAGCAGGUUGAAGAUUUGCAGAAAGCCCUACAGACCCAGGGAGCCAAACCUGAUGAUUCUAACUUGAAGAGGAAGCUGGAUGCUCAUAUGGUGCAACUAAAUGAAGCACAAGAUGAGAUCAUGAAGAAAAAGGAGCUACUGGAGGACCUACAGCCAGAUGUGUCUCAAACCUCAGCACUGAAGGUGGAUGAACUGAUGGCUGCUCUGAAGAAGAAGGACGAUGACAUGCGGGCGAUGGAGGACAGAUACAAAAUGUAUCUGGAGAAAGCGCGCAAUGUGAUCCGAGCACUGGACCCAAAAUUGAACCCAGCCUCAGCUGAGAUCCAGUCCCUGAAGCUCCAGCUGUCAGAGAAGGAGAAGAGAAUAAUUGCUCUAGAGAGAGAGUGUGAGCAGGCUAAGCUGAGAGAGUAUGAGGAGAAACUGAUUGUGACUGCAUGGUACAAUAAGAGCCUGAAUUUUCAUAAGCUGGCGAUUGAGUCUCGUCUGAGUGGGUGCUCUAACUCGCUGGUGCCACCUGGCCAGUCCUUCCUGGCCCAGCAACGUCAGGUGACCAACGCACGACGCACCAUGUCAAUCAACGUGCCUGCCAGCUCCUCCAAGUGAUGACUCGACACCACAUGACACCUAGUUUUCCCUUUUCUCAAAUGCACACUUAAGUGACCUUAAACACCUUGAACUCCUAAAUAAAGGGACAACCAUGCCAUAAUGUGAACGUUAGCACUUAGGAGCCUCACACAUGUACAUACAUGUGUGUAUGUGCGUGUAUAUAAUAUAUAUAAUAUAUAUACACACACACACACUCAAGCAAUCGAGCUAGGGUUUAACACAUUACAAAAAUAAUAUGCACUCAAGCACAGUAACUCAGUUUUACAGACUAUUACACACUUAUUUAUCAUGCACACUACAGACUACAGCCUUUGCAAUUAGUUACACAAGACAAGCUGCAACAGCUGUAUUAAUGGUUUGAUAUCUGUAUUAUAUCAACAUUUUGUCGUAUGACAGUUGUGAAAGACAAAUUCAGAGAGAGAUGUAUCAUGAUAUCGUCCUUGGUAUGGGUUUAGGAUGCAUGAUGAAGGCUAAGCUGAACUUCCAGUAGUAUUCUAUGCAGUCAGGUAAUGUGUACUAUUAUAUACAAGUAUGAAUACUACUAUUGCCCUGACACAUAUACAGACAUGUUUAUUGACAUUUCAAUUAAACUCUCAGCUUCCAUGCAUGUUCACAAAAUCAGCUACAAUGAACGAUGAGGAUAAAGCAUCAGGAAAAACGCAUAUAUGGUGCUGGACACCAAAUGCUCUUUUUUUUCUACUACAAAAUGACUACUUUUCUUAUAAUUGAAUACAAAAAGUAAACAAUUACCAAUCACAAAAAAUUAAAUCUAGGUGCUACAGCCAGUCUUUAAUCAACUAGAACAAGCUGUCUGUAUAAUUUAAUAUCAGUAAUAAUAUAACUUAUUUAAUACAGAAUUUGACUGUGAUUGGACUCUUGCAUGCAGAACCUUUUUGCCUCUUGAAUAUUUUACCUGGCUUUAAUGUACAAAAUCAUCAGAUAUCAGGAUUAAAUCACCAGCGCAUGGCCAUGGUGUCCCAGCCCAAUCGUCCUAUUGUAGGGUGCAAUGCUGUGACCUUUUAUCUGAUCGCUUUCUUUUUUGCCAACUGGCAUUUAUUUAUGGUAACCAUUCGUGACCAAUAAAUUAUCCGUUGCUGCAGUAUAGAUUUAGAAAGACUGUAUGUCAGAGGGUCAGAAUAAUUUGGGGUUGUAUGGUACAAAGGUGAGUAGUUUUUGUUGGAAAAUAUUUAGCCAGUGUUCCCCAACCCAGAUGGUUCACAUUUUGCUCCCAGCAAUCACAAACACCUGGUUAAGCGCAAAAAUGUAACCUGUGCAUGUCGCUCAACACUGGGUUGGGAAACACUGUUUUGGUUCAGUUUACAUUCUUAAUGAUUUAGUUUCUUAAAUAAAGACUUAAUCUCAAAUUUGCUUUCUAUCUGAAAUAUUAUUAUGUUGAAUAUAGGACUUUUAUCCUUUACUGGGAAAUAUGAUAAUUGUUUUGAAUAUUAAAUACAGAUACUUAUGUAACAUGUUAAAAGAGGUAGGCUUGUAAGGUUGUAUACUUCAUUACUGAGUGUUUUUGUCAAUCAUAAGGCUUAAUAAAGAGAAAUAAUGGCUAUAAUAAUC